CAUCUUAUUCAAAUUCACAACUCCAUUUACACCACUCCUACUACUCUCUAAUCAAUCCCUAUAUAACCCCCUCAUGCCCAAAACCUACGUGAACCCAACCCCAAUAAUUCUUACAUUCUUGUCCAAGAACCUAUAUUAACCCUCCUCAACCCUUUUCACAAAAAGAACACCUUCAAUGGCUGGAAUCGUUGUAGUUUUCGACUUUGACAAGACUAUUAUCGAGAUUGACAGUGAUAAUUGGGUCGUUGAUGAAUUAGGCGCCACCGAUUUGUUCAACCAACUGCUUCCUACUAUGCCGUGGAACUCAAUGAUGGAUAGGAUGAUGAGGGAAGUACAUGCACAAGGGAAAACCAUAGAAGACAUCAAGGAGGUCCUAAGAAGGGCUCCUAUGCAUCCUAGGGUUGUACCUGCGAUCAAGAAAGCUCAUGCUUUAGGGUGUGAUUUGAGGAUAGUGAGUGAUGCAAACAUGUUCUUCAUCGAGACAAUCCUUGAUCAUCUUGGCAUAAAGGACUGCUUCACAGAGAUAAACACGAAUCCAAGCUAUGUUGAUGAUCAAGGCAGGCUCAGGAUAUCCCCGUACGUCGAUUUUCACACGUCUCCUCACGGAUGCAAUCUCUGCCCUCCAAACAUGUGUAAGGGCAUGAUCAUAGAGAGGAUUCAAGCAUCCAUCGCCAAGGAAGGGAAGAAGAGGAUGAUAUAUUUAGGCGACGGGAGCGGCGAUUUUUGCCCGAGUUUGAAGCUCAAGGAAGGAGAUUUCAUGAUGCCAAGGAAGAACUAUCCCGUCUGGGAUCUAAUAUGUGAAAAUCGUGCGCUUCUAAAAGCAGAAAUCCACGAAUGGGCCAAUGGGGCGGAACUGGAGCGGGUUUUGCUUGAACUUAUAGACAAGAUUAGCAUUCAAGAAAGUAACAAUUCUAACUUGGCUCAAUUGUUGUCAGUUGAUUGCAAGUUUGAGAGUAUUCCAAUGGCAGGGCAUGAGGCCUUGCCCCCACCCCUUAGAGUUCAUCAGUAGGGUGGGGUGUCAGGACUAAUGGUUGUAUUACUAAGGCAAAUUUCCAUAACUUUUGGGGUCAAAAAGAAAAUAAAAAAUAUAGUUUUUGACCCCUACUUUUUUUUUCUUUCUGAAUUUUAACUAGUUGUAAGAUUUUGGUGUGUUUUGUGAAGAAUAGGAGUAAGCUUUUUGUGCCAA